UCCCGACCCUCAGGGUAUAAAAACUCAAGUACUCUGAUUAUGAACAUGUCUUUUUAGGCUGCAUCACGAGUUUUCAGAGCUGACAGACUUGUCUAUUCAUCGUUUGAAGUGCCAAAACCGUCCUUGGCGCGGGACGGGUCGCCGCGUGUGUCAAGCAGCGGGCGGCGUGGAGGCGGCGGCGGCGCGGCGGCUGCGGCAUGGAGAACGACGUCCUUGACUCCCUGGAGGACCUGGGGUAUGCUGGAGAGCUAAGUGAAGAAGCAGGGCUAAAAGGUGCAAUAGAAGGGCAAGAUGGGGGUGCACGGUGCCCUGCCUACACCAGCCUUGUGGCCUGGGUGACGGGGGAGCUGCGGGGGCUGGGGAACCUUGAAGAGAUGGUGAACGCCACGCAGUCUGCUGACGAACAUUCCUCCUUCCUCAUGGAGUUGUCAUCUUUCCUCAAGGAACUUGGUUGUCCCCACGCCCAGCUGACUGAGGGGGCUGUGAGUCAGCGCUUGGCCUCCACUGAGGACAGACUCCUCUUGCUGGACUUUCUGCUGGGAGAGCUUAUGGCUGCCCGUAUGAUUUCAGCAGUGAAGCCUGAUACAUCAAUGACAGUGGAAAUGCGUGAGAGUGAACAAGCCAAAGAUCUGAAGAGCAUGCUAGUCACCCUUGGUUUCCCUAAACCUCCAGCCAACAUAACUCCACAGCAGUUGUUCAACAAGGUGGAGCAAAAGGUCCAUGAUGUGAGAAGCAAAGCACCUCCUGCCCUGAUUGGCAAGCCUCUCUUCACUGGGGAGCUCUCUGACAAGCAGUGGGCCCAGCUUGACCAAAUGCAAAAGGAGAUGCAUGCUGAAUACCGCAUGCGUCGGCAGAUGAUGAUCAAGCGUCUGGAUGUGACUGUGCAGUCCUUUCAGUGGUCAGACAAGGCCAAGAGCCGAGAGGAUGACCUGUCUAAAGCAUUCAGGACCCGCCGGGACCUGAUGAUGGAGGAACCUGGAGUGAGCAUCGGGAACAUGCUGGCUGCGCGGGAUGACCUCGCAGUUCUGGAGAAGACUAGCAAUGCCUCAGUGCGCAAGCAGACCAAGUCAAUGCUAAACAAGAUCAUCAUCGGUAGGGUGCCUGACCGUGGAGGCCGAGCCAAUGAGCUGGAGCCACCACCCCCAGAGAUGCCCUCAUGGACACAGCGUUCAGGAGGUGGUGGUGGCGGUGGUGGUGGUGGUGGAGGUGGAGGACGAGGUGGAAGAGGAGGUGGCCGGGGUGGUGGUGGUGGCGGUUUCUCCAGUGGUGGUGACAGAGUUCAAGGUGGAUGGAACCAAGGAGGAGGAGGAGGAGGUGGUAGUGGAUUUGGAGGAGGUGGUGGAGGAUAUGGAGGUGGAGGUGGCUAUGGUGGUAGUGGUGGUGGUGGUGGUUAUGGAGGUGGUGGUGGUGGCGGUUAUGGUGGUGGUGGAGGUUAUGGGGGUGGUGGGGGUGGUUAUGGGGGUGGAGGUGGUGGAUACGGAGGAGGGAGAGGUGGAAGAGGAGGGUAUCAAGGUGGGGGUGGUGGUGGUGGUGGUGCAGGAGGAGGAGGAGGAGGGUACAGGGGAGGAGGGGGUGGGGGGUAUGAUAAUAGAGGUGGACACAGAGGAGGAGGUAGAGGCAGGGGAAGAGGAGGAAGAGAUAGAUAUUAAUAAUUACAAGAUGCCAAUUAAAUGUCCUAAGGCCCCCCAAAAUAACUGCAGCUUUGGCUAUACUGCUGCUGCUUCAAUCACCACUAUUAUAACUAAUACGAUCACUACUGCUAUGAUUGCAGCUACCACCAUCAUAUAACCACCCGCCCAUUCCACCCAUGUCUCCUCCUCUCAUCAUCAUUUCCUUAUUAUCAUGAACAAAAGAGAGUUGUUUGCAUGAAUAGUUAUGAAGUAAGCUCAAAUUCUAAGUGAACUCCCACCCCCCUUCCUAUUGUAUCACUAAUAAAGAUGCCCUUCCCUCCCUCCUUGCCAGAAAAUAUGCAAAUAAAUAAAAUAUAGUCACUUCAUA